AUGCGAAAGUCGGCAAAUAGACAUCGUCGUGACGUGGAAUUCAGUGUGGGUGAUAAGGUGUUACUCAAACUUCAGCAAUACAGACAACAUUUGGUGGCGAAGCCUCUGUUUUCAAAAUUAUCGCGCUGCUUCUAUGGCCCUUUCGAGGUGUUGGAAAGGAUUGGUCAGGUUGCAUAUCGCUUACAGUUGCCAGAAGGAAGUCAUGUCCAUAAUGUGUACCAUGUAGGCCUAUUGAAACCAUUCGUGGAGAACGAUACUUGGGUUAGGACGGAAGUCCCAGCACUGUUCGCGCGGGGGAAGCCGGUGGCGCGACCAGUCGAGGUUUUAGAUCGGCGAACUGUUUGGCGAAAAGGAGCAGCUAUAGAGGAAGUGCAGCUGAGUUGGUUGGACAAUUCAGGGGAGAAUCCGACGUGGGAACCGUUGGAUGCAGUGCAAAAGAAAUUUCCUGCUCUCCUUGAGGACAAGGAGUAUUUCUGCAAGUCAGUGGACGAUCUUGAGGCUGGGGAUGACAAGAUCAGUGAUGAGGAUAAGGCUAUCCUAGUGCUCAAUGUCCUUCCUAAUUCAUAUGACCAGCUGAGAGAUGCAAUUCUCUAUGGGAGGGAUAAAGCCAUUACCUACAAUGAAGUUCACUAG